CGGGGGGGCGGAGGCGGCCUCCGCGCCGGCGCCGGCGCCCUGCGGAAGCGGCGUUAGUGAAUCGGGGCCUUGGGGAGCCCAGGAUGGAGGUGGCGGUCGCGGCGGCGGCGGCGGCGGCGGCGGCGGCGGCGGCGGGCCGAGCCCUGCGGCAGGCGGGAGGAGGUGCGCGCCAGGCCCGCUGAGCCUGCGCAGAGCCGCCAGCCAUGCCCGGGAUCGUGGUGUUCCGGCGGCGCUGGUCUGUGGGCAGCGAUGACCUGGUCCUGCCGGCCAUCUUCCUCUUCCUCCUGCACACCACGUGGUUCGUGAUCCUGUCCGUGGUGCUCUUCGGCCUGGUGUACAACCCCCACGAGGCCUGCUCCCUGAACCUGGUGGACCACGGCCGCGGCUACCUGGGCAUCCUCCUGAGCUGCAUGAUCGCCGAGAUGGCCAUCAUCUGGCUGAGCAUGCGCGGGGGCAUCCUCUACACGGAGCCGCGCGAGUCCAUGCAGUACGUGCUCUACGUGCGCCUGGCCAUCCUGGUGAUCGAGUUCAUCUACGCCAUCGUGGGCAUCGUGUGGCUGACCCAGUACUACACCACCUGCAACGACCUCACAGCCAAGAACGUCACCCUGGGGAUGGUCGUGUGCAACUGGGUGGUCAUCCUCAGCGUCUGCAUCACCGUCCUCUGCGUCUUCGACCCCACGGGCCGCACGUUCGUCAAGCUCAGAGCCACCAAGAGGAGGCAGCGCAACCUGCGCACCUACAACCUACGCCACCGCCUGGAGGAGGGCCAGGCCACCAGCUGGUCGCGCCGUCUCAAAGUCUUCCUCUGCUGCACCCGCACCAAGGACUCGCAGUCAGACGCCUACUCGGAGAUCGCGUACCUCUUCGCCGAGUUCUUCCGAGACCUGGACAUCGUGCCGUCCGACAUCAUCGCGGGGCUGGUGCUGCUGCGGCAGCGGCAGCGGGCCAAGCGCAGCGCCGUGCUGGACGAGGCCAACAAUGACAUCCUGGCCUUCCUGUCCGGGAUGCCAGUCACCAGGAACACCAAGUACCUGGACCUGAAGAACUCGCUGGAGAUGCAGCGCUACAAGGAGGUCUGCUACUACAUGCUCUUCGCCCUGGCCGCCUACGGCUGGCCCAUGUACCUCAUGCGCAAGCCCGCCUGCGGCCUCUGCCGCCUGGCCCGCUCCUGCUCGUGCUGCCUGUGCCCCGCGCGCCCCCGCUUCGCCCCCGGCGUCACCAUCGAGGAGGACAACUGCUGUGGCUGCAACGCCAUCGCCAUCCGGCGCCACUUCCUGGACGAGAACAUGACGGCCGUGGACAUCGUCUACACCUCCUGCCACGACGCGGUCUAUGAAACCCCCUUCUACGUGGCCGUGGACCAUGACAAGAAGAAGGUGGUGAUCAGCAUCCGGGGAACCCUGUCCCCCAAGGACGCCCUGACCGACCUGACAGGUGACGCCGAGCGCCUCCCCGUGGAGGGGCACCACGGCACCUGGCUGGGACACAAGGGCAUGGUCCUCUCGGCCGAGUACAUCAAGAAGAAGCUGGAGCAGGAGAUGGUGCUGUCCCAGGCCUUCGGGCGCGACCUGGGCCGCGGCACCAAGCAUUACGGCUUGAUCGUGGUGGGCCACUCCCUGGGCGCGGGCACCGCCGCCAUCCUCUCCUUCCUCCUGCGCCCCCAGUACCCGACCCUCAAGUGCUUCGCCUACUCUCCGCCGGGGGGCCUGCUGAGCGAGGACGCCAUGGAAUACUCCAAGGAGUUCGUGACCGCCGUGGUUCUGGGCAAGGACCUGGUUCCCAGGAUCGGCCUCUCGCAGCUGGAAGGCUUCCGCAGACAGCUCCUGGACGUCCUGCAGCGGAGCACCAAGCCCAAAUGGCGGAUCAUCGUGGGGGCCACCAAAUGCAUCCCCAAGUCAGAGCUGCCCGAGGAGGUGGAGGUGACCGCCCUGGCCAGCACACGCCUCUGGACCCACCCCAGCGACCUGACCAUCGCCCUGUCGGCCAGCACCCCGCUCUACCCGCCUGGCCGCAUCAUCCACGUGGUCCACAACCACCCGGCCGAGCAGUGCUGCUGCUGUGAGCAGGAGGAACCCACCUACUUCGCCAUCUGGGGGGACAACAAGGCCUUCAACGAGGUGGUCAUCUCGCCGGCCAUGCUGCACGAACAUCUCCCCUACGUGGUCAUGGAGGGGCUCAACAAGGUGCUGGAGAACUACAACAAGGGCAAGACGGCCCUGCUGUCCGCCGCCAAGGUCAUGGUCAGCCCCACCGAGGUGGACCUCACCCCGGAGCUCAUCUUCCAGCAGCAGCCGCUGCCCACCGGGCCGCCGGUGCCCACCGGCCUCGCCGUCGAGCUGCCUCCGCCAGACCACCGGAACAGCAGCAUCAGGACCAAGUGCCAGUCUGAGAUGAGCCUGGAGGCCUUCUCGGAGGGCCGGCUGCUGUCCCCCGCGGCGGCGGCGGCGGCGACGGCAUCGGCGGCGGCGGCGCGGCCGGACCCCGUGGAGCUGCUGCUGCUGUCCACGCAGGAGCGGCUGGCGGCCGAGCUGCAGGCCCGGCGCGCGCCGCUGGCCACCAUGGAGAGCCUGUCGGACACCGAGUCGCUGUACAGCUUCGACUCGCGCCGCUCGUCGGGCUUCCGCAGCAUCCGCGGCUCGCCCAGCCUGCACGCCGUGCUGGAGCGCGAGGAGGGCCCGCUCUUCUACAUCGACCCCGCCAUCCCCGAGGAGAACCCGUCGCUCAGCUCGCGCACCGAGCUGCUGGCGGCCGACAGCCUGUCCAAGCACUCGCAGGACACGCAGCCGCUGGACGCGGGCACCCCCGAGCGGCCGCCGCGGGAGGAGGAGGAGGCGGCGGCGGCGGCGGCGGCGGCGGGGGGCGCCGGGGACGCCGGGGACGCCGGGGACGCCCCGCGCGCCGACCUGGCGCUGCACAACGGGCGCCUGGGGGACUCGCCCAGCCCGCAGGUGCUGGAGUUCGCCGAGUUCAUCGACAGCCUCUUCAACCUGGACAGCAAGAGCGGCUCGUUCCAGGACCUCUACUGCAUGGUGGUGCCCGAGAGCCCCACGAGCGACUACGCCGAGGGCCCGCGCUCGCCCGGCCAGCGGGACCUCCUGCUGCGCGCGCAGUUCGAGCCCAACCUGGUGCCCAAGCCCCCGCGCCUCUUCGCGGGCUCCGCCGACCCCUCGUCGGGCAUCUCGCUCUCGCCCUCCUUCCCGCUCAGCUCGUCCGGCGAGCUCACGGACCUCACCCCCACGGGCCUCAGCAGCCAGGAGUGCCUGGCGGUGGACACGAUCCGGACCUCGACCCCCGCGGCCCACGGGGCCAGCCCGGUCAAGCAGGACGACCUGGCCAUCUCGGCCCGCUAGCACCGGGCGGGCCGCCCCCGCCCCGCCCCCCGUCCCCCGUCCCCCGCCCCCCCACCCCCCGCCGCUCCUCCGGCACCCAGGGGGCCGGCUGGGCCUGGGGCGCUGCUGCUAAGCUGGGGGUCCGCCUCCCUACCUCAGCUUAGGACCCCCAGAGCCAAGACGAGGCCGGGAUCUGGGCCGCCCGGAGUGGCAGCCGGUGGGAGGGGCCCUGACUGCCCCCUUCCUUGUCCCUCCCCCCACACCCACACGCAUCCCGGUCCCUGGCGUCCCUGUCUCUGCCCCCCCGCCCCCCACCGCAGGUCAGACCGGCGGAGCCCCUCUGCUUGUGUCCUGGUCAUCCCCAGAUGUGCCUGCGGGCAGCGCCCUGAGGUGACCCCACAAGGCGCCCCCCCCCCCCCCGCAGUGCUACAGAUGUUUACAGAAGCUGUGGGCUGGCCCCUCCACCCACACCACGUUGCAGCCCCUCUGAGCAGCCCCCCCCCACCCCCCCCCCACCCCCCGCCCAAGGCAGCCAGCAGGGUCUGGGGAUCUGAAUCAUCCCCGCCCCCAAGCCGGCCCCACCGUAUCCCCGAACACACCCCCACUCAGCUGCUCCCUGGAGUGAUGCCCCGUGGCGUCAGAGCCAGAGGCCUGGGGAGCAAGCAGGGGUGGGGGUGGGGGGAGUCCACUCAGCCCUCCUCUCUCCCAGGGACCCCCAUCACCCCCACGCUCAGGCAGCCCGUCAUCCCCUCCGCUGUUCUGUCCCCAGCCCGUCUCCCCUCGCCCCUGUCCUGUCGCCUUGCCGGAUGCCCAAUGGCCCUCACUUAAGGGCUCCCUUCCCUCCAGGGCAGGGAGGCAAUGCAGGGUUGUAGGGGUGCGUGCUAGCGUGGGCUCGCGGGCAUGUGCACCCUCCCGCUGGCCUCCUGCCCCUCCUGACACAUAACCCGCAAGGGGGGUGGCUGAGCUGGCUCUGGGGAUGCUGCCCACUCCGGGCAGCUCUGACGGGCCUGUGCCUUUGUCCCCUCUCCCCACACCCCUCCUCUGGGUCAGCUCAGUGAGCCCCUGACCAAGCCUCCCCCACCCCCACCUUGUGAUCGCUGGACCUGCCCUUUGACACCGUCUGGACAAGCGGGGACAGAGCAGGGAGCUGGGUCUCCCUAACUCUCGGACUCUCCCCCACCCUCAGAGGCACGACCCCACCCCCACUCUGGCAAGCCUGUGCCCAGCACAGACACAAAAUCAAAUCAGUGACCACCUAGAGUUUAAAAAAAAAAAAGCGGGGCGGGAGCGAUAAUAGCACAGCGGGGAGGGCGUUUGCCUUGCACGCAGCCGACCCGGGUUCAAUCCCCAGCAUCCCAUAGGGUCCCCUGAGCACCACCAGGAGUGAUUCCUGAGUGCAGAGCCAGGAAUAACCCCUGAGCAUCGCCGGGUGUGACCCAAAAAGCAAAAAAAAAGUGAAGUUCAAUCAUAAGUCAGCAGAACCCCACCACGCACCCCCGCACGCAGCCAGGAGACUUGGGGUCGAGCCUUCUAACCCCUCCAGGGCAGGCCCUGGGACCUCCCCGCUGGGUGCAGUGGCCCCACCGGGGGCCGGGCCAUCAGGGACAGCCGCCCCCUCCUAGCUCCCCACCUGCUGCCUGUUGCCCCUCCCCCACACAUUUGGGGGGUCUGAGCCACCCCCCCAUAUGGUUCAGACCGGCCCCCGCUCCACCCUGGCCUGCAGCACAAACCCUCCGCCUCCCCCAGCCGUGCACUGGCCUGUCCCUCCCCCCAGGGCCCCGGCUGACCCCCAUCCGCAGUUGGGUCGAAGGCAGCCAGGCCCCCGCCCCGCCCCCCCAGCCCCCCCCCCGGCACUCCGCGUGCUGGUCCCCCCGCCUUUUUGUACUUACUGUAUGAAAGAGCUGGACUAACGCUGUACAGAGAGAGGACGUAGCCGCCUGUAUAGACUGUAUAUAAGGUUUCUGUAUAUUGUACAGAGCUGUGUAUAAACUGGAUGCAGAA